UGAGAUCCUGGAAAACAUUGACCAUUUCUUUCAGUAAAGGUGGACAUUGAUGACAAAAUUCACUCUUGCCUUCGGAGUGCCAGCAUAGCCUUUGGUCAUCUGAGGAAGAAGAUGUUUGAAGAUCAUGAUAUCGAACCCCACACAAAACCUAUGGCAGCUGUGCCAUUUUCCUGACUGUUUCUGAUACCUUAACUAUAUAUCUCUGCAAAAUUUUUCCACUAGAAGGAUAAGUGAAUCAACAUUAUCGUCCUCUCCCAGCCAACAUCUUGAGCAUUGACCCCCUAAUUUCAUUCAUUUGACUCGGAUAGGUAGACCACAUCAUUCACACUAGACUCCUAAAACACAGCUUUGACAUAGGAAAAGGUUGCUGUGAAUAGAUGUACUGACAAAGCAUGAUGGCCAAUCAGGAGGAAACCUGGGACAAGCUGGAUUCAGAAUUUGACCACUUUUUAGUUGACAUGAAACCAUUUGUUCUGAAGCUUGUACAUAAGUCAGAGCGGCAGAGAUGUGCAUUGUGGAUCAAGAAAUUGUGUGAUCCAUCUGGAGCUGGAGCAGGAGUCAUGGGACGGAAAAAUCGUAACCUGUAUGCCAAGCUUCUACUGCACAUGCUUAGACGGGGAGUCCUUGAAGGGCCUUUCACACAGAGGCCAGAACCUGGAUCUCUUAAAACACUGCCUUCUUACAUGUCAAUCUACUUCGAUGAACCCAGUUUUGCAAAGCCACCUGAAAAUACUGCUGAAGGAAUACCAGAAUGGGUGGCAGGUGAGCUAGGUGCAGGUGAUUCAAAAUCCAGUAGCUCCUGGAGAACCAGCUCUAAAGAUGAUGCAUCUUUUGAUUUUCCACAAGGUGCCCACAGGCGGAGACACACGUACAAUGGCAAGGUGGUUUCUGAACCCAGACCAGUUAUAUCUUCUGAUGACAGUGAUUUUGAAGCAAGAUUAAACAGUUGGAAUCUUGGGAUUGAAAAUCCCAGAUAUUUACGAGAGAAGCCAAUACCUCUGUCUCCGAUUUUACCUAAAGCAAACCAGGGGAAUGUUAGCACAUUCUGCAGUGAUCAAACUCUAGUUCGAAUGCAUGAGAAAGAGAUUGAGAUGAAGACAAAGAUGCUGGAAGCAAAAUUCCAUGAGGAAAAGCUGAUACUGCAGCAAAAGCAUGAUACCGAUGUGCAAAAGAUUCUUGACCGGAAAAAUAAUGAGAUUGAGGAGCUAAAGACACUUUAUAGGAACAAGCAAAAGGAAGCAGAGGAAAUGAAUAAAAAGCUGGAAAAGAGAGUUCAGAGCUUGGUUCGUGAAUCACAGGUUAUACGUGAAAGUAAAGAUAACCAGAUUGCCGAAUUGAAGAAGAUGGCAGGGCAGAGUGCAGAUACUUUAAAAAAUGAUUGGGAGAGAAAGUUACACAAUGUUGUGGCAGAACUGGAGCAAGAGAAGUUUCAGCUGCAGAAGAAACACACAGAGAAUAUUCAGGAACUCCUCAAUGAUACCAAUGCACGUCUCAAUAAAAUGGAGACAGAAUAUGCUGCUCAGACAAAGGCCACUAACCAUACUGUGAAAGAACUGGAGACUCGUGUCCAGCAAUUGACUGUGGAGGCUGAGAAUAGUACCUUAGUGCGACAGAAACUGAUUCAAGAAAAGGGAGAACUGGAGCAACGCUGUCAAGCGAUUUGUCUGGAGUUGCAGGAGAUAAAAUUAAGAUACAACUCUCUUCAGAAGGAAAAGCAGCAAAUGUUGGAGGAUCAUGAGAAAACCGGAAGGCAAAUGCAAAUUAAACAUGACUCAGAGUUGAACAAUAUAAAGCACGAGCAUGCACUCUCAGCAGCCAAGGCAGCUGCUGUUAUUGAAGAACUGGAGCAGAAUGUCAGCCAACUGAAGAAAGAGCUGCAGGCAAAUGAGCAUCAGAAACAGCAACAGUUAAGGAAUCAAGCAGGAACAUUUGAAGAAGAGAAACUGCAUCUGGAGUGCCUUCAUGAAAGGAAGAUUCACAACUUGCUGACUGAAAGAGACCAGGAGAAAGCAAAUGCUCUGAAACAAAUUCGCAAAUUGGAAGAAGCCUUUCGUGAAAAAGAAGAUCAGUUGUCACGGGUGACCGAUUUGCAGAAGUUCCAAGCCCAGAAGGCAGAUGCAGCUCUGGAGGAAUUCAAGAGACAGGUUGAGCUGAAUUCUGAGAAGGUCUACUCUGAAAUGAAACAGCAGAUGGAGAAGGUUGAGGCAGAUCUGAGUAGAUCAAAAUCUGUCCGAGAGAAGCAAUCAAAAGAAUUCUCUUGGCAGUUGGAGGAACUCAAGCAGCAAUAUGAACAACAGAUAGUCGAAUUGAAGCUGGAGCAUGAGCAGGAGAAGACGCACCUAUUCCAGCAACACAACGCGGAAAAAGACAGCCUGGUCCGAGAGCACGAACGUGAGAUAGAUAACUUGGAGAAACAGCUUCGCGCCGCCAUAGUAGAACAUGAAAACCAGACUCAGCAAUGGAGGAAGCGAGACUCGCAGACCAUUGGGGAGUUGGAGACCCAAGUCCACCAGCUACGUGAAGAACUUAUCCAGGUUAAUUCACAACGAAAGCAGCAGUUGGUUGAGCUGGGGCUGCUACGUGAGGAGGAGAAGCAGAAAGCUUUGCGUGAUCAUGAAGCUACUGUCAACAAGCUGAAAGCUGAGAUGGAAAGGAUGAAGUUGGAGUUGCAGAAGACGAAUGCAGCUGAAAUGGAAAAGGCUGUUGAACAGACCAGCAGCAGGUUGAAGCAGAUUGAGAAAGAAUACAGCCAGAGGCUUUUAAAAUCUUCACAGACUAUCGCUGAACUUCAGACUACGAUUACGUCCUUGCGGGAAGAGAGCAGUCAAGAGCAGCUGGCUGCAGAGAGGCAGCUUCAAGAAGCUGUGGGAAGAUUUGAAGAUGAGAGGAGGCUGUUGAUUAGAGAUAAUGAUAGAGAUAUCAAGGCCCUGGAAAACGAGGCAGAAAACUAUCGCAACCGGAUCCAAGCAUUGGAAAUGGAGAUGCAACACAAGGAGCUGGACGCCCAGGAACAGAUCAUUCAAAUCCAGCAAGAGUGUGAAAUGAAAAUCAAAGGCCUGAUGCCUGCUGCAAUUCAAAAGGAACUUGAGGACACCAUUGUUUCCAUGAAGUCUCAGAUAACUCUCCUUCAGAAGAGAGCAUCUGUUCUUCAGGAGGAGCUGAACACCUAUCGGAACCGAAGAUGAUGGACUGCUUUAUGAUUUCCUUUCCUCACUCAUACCUUUAGUACAACUAAUAUGGGACAGAAUGGGAUUCAGCAGUAUCAACAGCUACUGUGUAAGGACAAGCAUCUUAUGUAUGAAAUCAGUGAGAUUAGAAG